GUCAUGAUCGCGAGCUCGAGGUUCAACGCGGAGGAGUCUCGCUGGACGCUGACAUGUGACAGUGACGUAACGUCGACGGACGAGGAAAGAGGGACAAGAAAAAAAAAUCGACUACGUUGUCAUCGUGAACUUUGACACCGGGAACGACACGCAUUCGCUUUGCUUCUUUUUGAAACGAUCUAUAGACGCGCGCACAAUACCGCCGUGAUUUAUCGUUGUCGCGCCUCGCUCAAAAUAUUUUUUGUAGCUACAUUACGUAAGCCACAGAAAUCGAAUUGAUAAAAUUAACUACGCAGCAGAAGCGAACGAAUCCGCUAGAUCUUAAUUAAUUAUAAUAGUCUCAAAUUAAUAGCCAUUUGAUUGAUUAUAAAAAAUAUAUAAUUUUUAAAAAUUUCAUUUAUUUUGACAGAACGAUUAUCGUUAUCAUCGCGCGAGUAUCAAGAUCACAUGGACGUUGUGAAUUUAAGAGAGCGCAUUUAGAAAAAUUAGUUUGCGAUCAGACAUGCGGUUGCGAUUGGUUGUUGGCUGUCCCUGAUAAUCGGAAUGUAUAUGCGUGCGGUAUCUAAAUAUGCAAAUGCAACGAUUCUUUAUGUAAUGUCGAGAUAUUUCGUGCACCAGUCACGGACACGGAGGACUCUGCAGGCGUGUUGCAGUCGAUUAUAGCGCCGACACAUAGGAUAUAUGUUUAUUCAUUUUUGUAUACGUAAAAAGAUAUCCAAGCAGAACAAAAGUCAUUGUAAUAUCAAAAUGACUCAUGAUAUAAAAAUGAAAACCAAGAUAAUUCCAAAAUGAUUAUCCAAAAUCAUUUUUUGAUCAAUUAUAAUUUAUUUUUACGUUACUGUGAUUCCUCAGUAAACACCAAGUAAAAAUAUUGAUGUUACUAUUGGUUGUCGUUCUACUUGGAUACAACUAAGAAAGACUACGUUUUGCGGAAAACAGUCGUUAUUUGAACUUAUAUUCGCGUGCAUUUAACAUAAAAAUAAUCCGCACUAUAUAAGCGUGUGUGACGUGCCAGCGUUCAGUACCGUUUUUAGCGCACAUCUGCACUCUUUGCUGGACUUGUUACUCGAGACAUUCAACAAUUUUACAUGUUUUGAUAGAAUAAAUUUUACGACUAUAUAAAAGUGAUUAUUAUAUAUCCUUUAUCAGUGAUAUACAUGUGAGAUCUCUGCAUCAUAAUAUAACGUUAGCGGGACGAUUUUCAAGUGACACAUAUAUCCAUAAAUCGCAGGUUACACGUUCGUCGUAAUACGAUUGCGUUUCAACGGCAAGAAUUUUCUCAGGAAAAGCCGCAUCCCAUUUUCCAGACGAUUCCGUCAAUUUAUAUUUAAUUUAGCGGCUCUGCACGUCAUUCGAUUUUCCCACCCGCGCUGUUCAAAUCGUCAGGGCGCGAGAAGCUCCGUUGGUACACAGGCGCUAGAACGCGAAUUCAACGCUAUCUAGUGGUAGCGCGCUAAUAGACGAACGAUCAGCGAACGAUAGAACAAAGAAAAACACGAAAAAAAGAGAUAGAAGUGUAAACUCCGUGGCAGGCUGGACGAAAGGAGCGUGAGAGAGGUGGCGUUGAUACGGAGAGAUAUUACGCGCCGGAGAUCGAGCCGGAAUAUCCAGGAAUCCAGGUGAUGCCAAUGUGUUGAGGCGCGUCCUCCACGACGGCGUGUCCCGUCUUCAUCGGUGGUCGGCGGCGAGCCACGUUCGGAGCGAUCGGCUGACAGUGCGUGGCCGUCCCUCCUCGAUUCUCCCGUUCGUCGCUGCUAAUAAUCCGCGCCGGAGUAAUGUACCCCCAGAUGUAGCUGCAUCAUAAUGAUAUCCAGGAUAUAAAUGUUGCCUAAAGAGGAGACAAAAGUCAGCAACAUGACUGAAGUUUGGAUUUCUGUCGUAGGCACAGAGACUCAACCAAAUGCAGGAAACGAGCCCCAGACUGAAGCCUUAGAACCAAGAGCAACACAUAAUGAUGGAUUGCACGAGGGAGUAGUGGAAUUGACAUCUCAGGCUGCUCUUGAACCUAUGCAAGAGCUCCUUACAGUCCAUGGAGCUACGCAGGGAGAAAGCAGUGAUGCUGUCAGUAUUUAUACUGCCAGUACCUCGGUGUCCGGUAAUGAGUCGAGUUCAAGUAGAGUCAGCGCGAUAACUGUGGUGUUGCCUUGGGGUGCUCAAAAAGAGACAGUAAAGCCACAACAGAUAGGAGAUAUGGAUCUAAGACCAGGAGAGUACGUAAUGCGCAUUCUCUUUGCGGAAUUCACCUCGCAGGCAGAGAAAAAAAUGGAGGCUGUUAUGACGGAACACGAAAAACAACUAUCAAAAGUAUUGCAAAGAGGAGAAGAUCUACAAUUUGAUCAAUUGUUGUCUGCUUUCGGUUCCGUCGCUGAACAUUGCUUACCAUCAAUAUUGAAAGCCCUUUUUAAUUGGUACGAACGUCAGCUUAUUGACCAAGGUGGUGAUCAAAAAAAGCCUGCGCCUGGAAAGGAAGACCAAAAAGGAAAAAGUAUUAUGUAUACAAUAGUAUCAGGAAGCGUAGAAACGGUAGAAAGAAGCGAAGCAGAUCUCUUGCAAGAACGUAGAGAUCUUGCUGUUGAAUUUAUAUUUUGUUUAAUGCUGAUAGAGGUUUUACGUCAAUUACCAUUUCAUCCUGGACACGAGGACUUAGUGACAUAUAUAGAAAAUAUUGCUUUUAAACAUUUUAAAUAUAGAGAAGGCAUACAAAACGAACCAAAUGCAGCUAAUAUUCACAUUAUUGCUGAUCUUUAUGCCGAAGUGAUAGGGGUUUUGGCGCAGUCUAGAUUUAUGUCAGUGAGAAAACGAUUUAUGGUAGAACUAAAAGAUUUGCGAGCUAAAGAGCCAGGUCCUCAUACUACACAGAGUAUUAUUUCUUUGUUAAUGGGAAUGAAGUUUUUCCGGGUUAAAAUGGUACCAAUAGAAGAAUUUGAAGCAUCGUUUCAAUUUAUGCAGGAAUGUGCUCAAUAUUUUUUGGAAGUGAAAGAUAAAGAUGUUAAGCAUGCCUUAGCUGGUCUUUUUGUUGAAAUACUCGUCCCCGUUGCCGCUGCUGUGAAAAACGAAGUAAAUGUACCGUGUCUGAAAAAUUUUGUGGAAAUGCUGUAUUCAACAACGCUGGAUAUGUGUACAAAGUCUAAGCAUAGACUGGCGCUUUUUCCAUUAGUAACUUGCUUGCUUUGCGUUAGUCAGAAGACGUUCUUUUUGCAAAAUUGGCAUUACUUUUUAGCUAUGUGCCUAUCCCAUUUGAAGAAUCGCGAUCCAAAGAUGUGUCGAGUUGCGUUAGAGGCUUUAUAUCGUUUACUAUGGGUUUACAUGAUACGAAUCAAGUGUGAGAGCAAUUCGGCUACGCAGAGCAGAUUGCAGAGCAUAGUGAAUUCCUUGUUUCCUAAGGGAUCAAAGGCGGUAGUGCCACGCGACACGCCACUGAACAUUUUUGUAAAGAUUAUCCAAUUUAUCGCGCAAGAGAGACUGGAUUUUGCGAUGCGCGAGAUAGUGUUUGACUUGCUGUCUGUCGGUCGACCAGUAAAGAUAAUUUUAACUCCCGAGCGCAUGAGUAUCGGACUCCGAGCGUUCCUCGUUGUAGCCGACAGCCUGCAGCAGAAGGAGGGAGAACCACCUAUGCCGCGCACUAUGGGUGUUUUACCAAGUGGCAAUACUAUGCGUGUUAAAAAGACAUAUUUGAAUAAGAUGCUAACGGAGGACACUGCACGAAGCAUAGGAAUGUCUUCAUAUUUCCCACAUGUGCGCCGAGUGUUUGUGGAUAUUCUACGCGCUUUAGACGUUCAUUAUGGCAGACCUCUCAUGAUGACAAGCACUCAGAACAUGAACAAGGAACCGGAUGAGAUGAUCACUGGUGAACGUAAGCCUCGAAUAGACCUCUUUCGAACUUGCGUUGCUGCCGUCCCACGACUAAUUCCUGAUGGAAUGACCGGUGCGGAAUUGGUCGACUUGUUGUCUCGUUUGACAGUACACAUGGACGAGGAACUGCGUGCGUUAGCAUAUCAAAGCUUACAGACUCUAGUAUUAGAUUUUCCCGAUUGGCGACAAGACGUUGUGCUUGGAUUUACGCAGUUUUUAGCUAGGGAUGUGCAAGAUACGUUUCCACAGCUCAUUGAUAAUGGUUUGAGAAUGUUAUUGCAAUUGCUGACCAGUUGGAAGAAUGCCCUGACGAGUCCUAGUAUAAGAGCUAAGGAACAAUCAGUGGAUACUACACGAGUGAAUAUACGAGUGGACGUUAACAUCAAGAAAUGCGAAACAGGCCAAAAAGUAGAACCUGUAUCAAACAUAUUUUAUCUGGUGGAGGGAUUUGCCUUGGUUAUGCUUUGCAAUUGUCGCCUUUAUCCUCGACGAUUGGCUGUUCACAUACUUCGGGAAGUUAAACUCUUAUUGAAGACUUUGGGAGGACCUGAAGAUGAUCAACCAGUUAUUGAUGUGGUUGAUGCUUGUUGUCCGAGCGUCUUAGAAAAAUGUUAUCCUAUGUUACCUCCAGCUGAGAAAGCAGCCGCCGCGUCUACGUCUAAUGUGGAUUUACAAUGGAUAGCUGAUAGAAGUAGUUGUGUUUGGACAGCUGGAUUUCAUGAUGAAAAUAGUAUUAAAAGUUCUUCCUCGCUUAAUUUAAAUGGAGCCGAUCCAUGGGCGAGUUGCUUAUUUGCUUUCUUAGAAAAGGACAGAGUACUUACGCUAUGUCCCAACGCCGUCGCUCAUUCUUGGCCUAUUGUCUUCACUCGUAUAAACUCUCUAUUCUCAGUAGUGGAUCCCACUCCAGUAAAUGACAACCGAGCCUCGUUAUUGCGAAGUUCGACGACGGUGAGGAAACCAGUGAACGAAAGAGAUGUUUACAUGCAUAUUUGGAAAAAUUAUCUGACUUUUGGAUACAGAGUUGUGCCACCGGUGCCAAAUCCAGUUGUUCGAUGCGCCAGUCCGGAUCUCAGUCUUAGUGGUCAGCAUACGGUGGAGUUUGGUGUGUUGUGCAUGAGUAAGGAGUUGAGUCAGAGCCUGGAGAAUCUCGGCGGGGCGCAGACCCUGCCGGGUCGGUUCUCUGUACCGUCCAUUUCCGGCAUCUACACCCGGCACAAGCGUACCAGCUCUUCGCCCGAUAGCUUAUCCGCAGAACGUGGCGACAACAAAUCGCCGGGCACAAACGCGAGUCCCGCAGCCUUGUACAAACUGACCGUACCUCUGCUGAGAUGUGAGGCCGUUGAUGUCAGAGAUGCCGCGGUGCAGGCGAUCGGAAAAGUAAACGCCGAUGCUCUAAAAGAUUUGAUGGAGGAGCUGGUACCUUACAUCCGGGAAGCGGUGGAUCGGAAACAGGAGAAUAUGAGACGGCGAAGAAGACGCGACGCUUUGAGACUGCAGCUAGUAAGAGUACUGGAAUUAAUCGCCGAGUAUGGAACGUUUGGUAUCUGUCCAGCUGUAUUAGAUCGCGAGACUCAAUCUUUACAUCCGACAUUCGUCGAGUACAUAGACGGUGCACGAAUUUAUCUGGAAAAUGAGACUGAUAAGGAAGCACCCGCUGUACGAGACAUCAAGUUACAUUUCUGCAACUUUAUCAGGAAAAUGAUCAAGAGUUUUUCACUGGAGAUCUGUUAUACUUUGUUAAAGAGGGAUUUAAGAAGAAAUCUAUUCAUGCUUUUUGCUAGUUGGGCUGGUGUUUAUGGUAGGCCGCUUACGAGCUCAUCGUCUAUGCAAGAGGAGGAAAAAUCUUGUACGGAAUUACAGCUCUCAGCCCUGCAAGCUAUGAGUGGAUUACUUUGUUGCGGAUCGUGUUUCAAUCCACAGUCACUUUCAGAAGAAGGUGCGAUUUUGUAUCAAUGGCUGGACUUAUUAUUGGCCAGUAAAGACGAAAAGAUUUAUACACUUGCACGCGAAACCGUUGUAUUACUGCUUGAAGGAAACCCUGAUAUUGGUACGCUUUUGGAUUGGGUGGUAGAUCGGUGUUACACUGGCGCACCGCAAGUGGCGGAUGGCUGUUUUCUCGCAUUGGCAACGAUUUUCAGCGCUAGGGAAUAUCCUUGCGACCAUUACACAAGUGUCAUCAAUGUGACAUUAAUGAAUACAGGAUGUCCCCGUGCUCCGGUCCACGACGCGGCGCUUCAGCUCCUUCAACUGUUGGAUCAACGCUUCUUUGGAAAUGUGGGUCCUCUUCCAGCUACGGAACUCGAAGCUGGACACAAUGAUCCUCUUGCAAGCUCUGCCGCUACCGUAACUUCUGGUCCUGGUCAACAAAGUAAUCCUGCAGGUGAGAUCUCUUCAGGCGGCACGAUUCGAGGUGGCACUUUGGACGUUCUUCUGUCGACUACUUAUUGCCGCAGCCAAAUGUACCUUUCGCGUCAACUGGCUCAAUUGCAUCCGGAACUCACGAUGCCGAUGUUUAGCGAAAUUACACAUCGAUUUCAAACAGCUCGCAGAGAAGUUCGGCAAUUAUUACUGCAAUAUUUGUUACCUUGGCUCCACAACAUGGAACUAGUCGAUCCUAAUGUACCUCCGCCGUCUAAUCCGUUGAGUUAUUAUCAGUAUUAUACGAGCGAUGUGACACGUGGAGGAACACGCAGGGAAGGCUGGGGUAGUGCAGAAGCGACGGAAAUGGUGCUCAAUAAUCUUUUCUACAUCACAGCAAAGUUCUCGGACGAACAUCCUAAAGAGACAGAAGAGCUUUGGGCGACUUUAUGUGGUUGUUGGCCAAACAAUCUCAAAGUCAUAAUUCGCUACCUGAUUAUUGUCUCGGGAAUGGCACCUCAGGAAUUGUUACCAUAUGCAAAACGCGUGGUACUGUAUCUAGCGCGUGCUCGUCCGGAUCGUCUUGUCGAUGAAAUGAUGACGGAAUUAGAAACGGUUGAGACCUUAAAUUGUUUGAUCGAGCGGACGGAAACGCCACCUUUCUACCGGCUUACCAGCAUGAGAAAAGCCUCGUCGCAUAGCGACGCGCCCGCCGCUGAUCCUGCCAAUCCUCCUCGUGAUCUCGGCGUUGAAAAGGGCACUAUUCAUACGAAAAGACAUUCUGGCGAGGAUCCUGUCAAAACUGGCUCGAAAUCCGAUACUGCGCUCCGAGCACUCGCGGGGUUUCAAACUCCAAGGACAGAAAAGACCAGGACUGCGAGUGGUCCACCAGUUCUUCCAGACGAUCUAUCAACUCCGACAACGGAAGCUGAGUUAACUACUGACGAAUCGUGUUACGCUACUCGUAACGGACCUGUUGGGGUGAACGGAAAGAUGCCGUGCGUCGACGAGAAGUUUGAUAUUCCUCAACCGCAUCCUUUACCGAUGCCGGAAUACGGUGGAUAUUUCGCUCCUCUAACUGAAUACCUGCCGGAUAGCUCUCAGCCGAUAACCGGAUUUCAUAGGUGCAACAUCGCUGUGAUGUUGCUUACUGAUGUGGUCAUCGAUGGGAUUCAGCUUGAUUGGGCUAUACACGUUCCCUUGAUGCUGCACAUAGUUUUUCUCGGUCUGGACCAUUCGAGACCGUUGGUGCGAGACCACUGUCGUUGCUUGUUGUUAAACUUGUUGGUCGUGCUCGGCGACCACCGUGAUCACCUCGGCGUGGCGCGCGUGUUGCUCGCUUCGAAGACAGAGCAAUUAGGAUUGGGGCUUGCCACUCCGACUCUGCCGGUGUUGGAGCACAAUUUCACGGAGAUGGAUCCGGAGUUCGACAGCUAUCUGUAUGGACCUCCCGCGAUAGCUGCACCGCCUACGACACCGCCACCGUCAUCUUCGCCACCUCCGCCUUCUUCACCGCCCCCGCCACCACCUCCUCCACCACCGCCCCCGCCACCACCUAUGCCCCCCGAUUCAUCAGCGUCUCCUCCGGCACCUCCGCCACCCCCACCGCCACCUCCUCCUCCACCGUUACCGUCUUCCUCGGUUGCGGACGGUACACCUACUCACUCGUCUUUGUCAAAUUCAACAUCAACUCCGCCAAUGUCAAUGAAUCACUCGAAUCAAUCUGCAAUGGAUGAUAGUAAGGAUUACGGAAAUUGUCAUUAUGAAUCAGCGGUGUGCAAUAGCUGGCCGGCCUCCAGUGGAACGGCGACAAACGCGGUACCACCUGUUAUUGUGACCCCAGAAGAUACGCAUAAUUGGACCGGUCCUCAGCCGGGUCCCAAUAUGCCGAUACAAGACGUUAUUAAGUCUUUGAUUAAUUUCUUAGCGUCUAGGACAAAUCAACCACUUUGGAAUUACGAGGAUAUGACUGCCAAAGUGUGGUGGGUGCGUAGUGCUGAGCAACUCACAAUAUUAUUACGGCACGUAUUACGUGUUUUUAGAGAUUCUUUGCCCCAUGCGUUAGUCAGUCAAAGAUGGGCGCAAACGGCGCUGCAAUUGGGUCUCUCCUGCUCGUCUAGACACUAUGCAGGGAGAUCUUUGCAAGUUUUUCGGGCGCUGCGUGUUCCCAUAACAUCCAGAAUGUUAUCUGAUAUCUUAUCUAGGCUAGUGGAGACAGUUGCCGAACAAGGCGAAGAUAUGCAGGGAUAUGUAACGGAAUUAUUGUUAACAUUGGAAGCGGCCGUCGAUUCGCUCGAGUCAGAUUUCAGGCCACUCGAUUUUAUGAAAGAGAUCUUCAAGUCCACGCCUAAUUUAAACAACAAGGAUCCUGUAUCGGGAAAUGUGAUCGGAGGGAAACGCAGUCCAGGAGGUGGAAAUGGUUAUCCAGCUGGUCCACACAUGUUUUCUCACCUGAAUCAAGGCGGACACACAAGGAGCACUAGUUAUUCAGUUACUUACUGUAUGAAGAGAUCUAGCGGUGGAAAUUCCGCGACUAGCGAUAUGAAAGAACUAGAAAACAGAACUGGCGGCAACAAGUAUCCUAACUCAAAUUUGUCUAGAUCAAGAUCGGCACAGUCCUUGAAAUUAUUGGGCGAUUCCGCCACGCAGGACGACAAGAUGACGAUAUUAGCACAAUUGUUCUGGUUAUCGGUAUCUCUGCUUGAAUCGGAUUAUGAGCACGAGUUCCUUUUGGCGCUGCGGCUACUCAGUCGCGUGCUACACAGAUUACCACUCGAUCGACCGGACGCCCGGGAUAAAGUUGAAAAACUGCAACAGCAAUUGCGAUGGACCUCGUUUCCCGGUGUACAUGCGCUACUAUUGAAAGGAUGCACCAGUCCGAAUACAUACGAACCAGUUGUUACACUGCUGUCACAAUUUACGCCUCUGCUAGAUCUGCCAGUGGUCGAUCCCACGCAAAGCCUCGCAUUUCCAAUGAACGUUGUUUCAUUGCUGCCUUACAUGCUAUUGAAUUAUGAAGAUGCAAACGAACUUUGUAUUAGAAGUGCUGAAAACAUUGCGCAAGUGAGCGCAGAAAAGGGGAAAAAAUUGGAGAACCUUGGUACAGUCAUGACAUUGUACAGCCGACGUACUUUCAGCAAGGAAAGCUUUCAAUGGACUAAAUGUGUAGUGAAAUAUCUUUAUGAUUCCUAUGCUCAUCUUAGUUUCAAUAUGCUUGCUUUCCUUGUGGAAGUACUGGAAAAAGGUCCGAGUAGCGUAGCGUUGCCAGUACUCAGUAUUAUACAUUGCAUGUUGCAUUAUGUGGACUUGGCGUCUCCAGCCGCGCAACCGAUCAAUACUGAACUGUUAAGAGUGAUCUCUAAAUAUGUCGAGGGUACUCAGUGGAAAGAAGCACUGAAAAUUUUGAAGCUUGUAGUGACAAGAUCGUCGACACUCGUAGCGCCGCCAACUUCGAUGCAUGGUUCAUCCUGGGACUCUUCGCUAUCAUCACCACAUCCUAGUUUCACCGACACAGAAAUAUUUACCAAGAAAGAACUACCGGGAAGAACAAUGGAUUUCACAUUUGAUCUGUCUCAAACACCAGUAAUUGGUCGGCGUUGGUUGAUACGUCAAGGUACUGAAGAAAAACUGAUCAGUUCUCCACGUUGCUCGUUAUCUUUAUCGCCUGCUGAUAAUAGUGCCAUUGCCGGAUGGAAGAGGCCGUGGAUGUCGCAGGGCCGUGUCAGAGAGUGCUUGGUGAAUCUGUUGACAACAUGUGGACAAAGAGUUGGUUUACCAAAGAGCCCAUCGGUUAUAUUCAGCCAAAGUUCGGACUUGAUGGAAAGACAAUCAUCCAUGGCUUCUUCAACGGAAGAAGUUUCUGGUGCAAAUAACGAUUUAAGCGGAGGAUCUAGACGAGACGACGAGCAGUUUGGCGUAUUUAAAGACUUCGAUUUCCUUGAAUAUGAAAGCGAAAGUGUCGAGGGUGAAAGUACAGACAACUUUAACUGGGGAGUUCGACGCCGUCCUCUUAGUGAAGGAGAAGAACGAGAACCUAGUUUGCGACAGUUCGAGGAAAGUUUAAGCGAAAAGACGCCAUCAUCCAGCAAACACACAACACGACGUGGUGUCACCGAAGAAUCAUCGGACGAUGAGGCAGGAUCAGAAUCACCCUUGGAUGAAGUACCAGGAGGAUCCGGAACGGGACAGGAAGCAAACAGCAUCCCAGGAAUGUUCCCACCGUCUUCUCUUUCAUUGAUACCUAGUCGAACGCGUCAUGACUCUUCCACAAGGUCUGACACAUCCGGGUCAAGUGCAGGAGAUCUUGGAGACGUGACACCCUGCAACGCAUCACCCAAUCUGUCUGCGUUGAUGCCCUUCCGACAGGUCGUACGAGACGAUGCUGAGGAAAUCUGGAGACAGCAAAUUCAAAGUCUUAUCUCACAAGCUCCGUACAAUACUUUGAGUUUCUUCCAAUUACUAAGCAAGAUCUUGAGAGAUGUGAGUAGUAAAUCUGUCGGGCUUACACGGGAGGCAAGUGCCUUGCUUUGUAACGGUAGCUCGGCCUCAGCUCAUUUAGGUUGCCAUUUAUCUGCCCAUGCUGAGCUACUUAGUUCAAAAGCUGAGCCACCUCUGGUGUGGUUCUCGGUGGCGAUAUUUGCGAAUCAGCGGUUAAACGAAACACUGCGCUUUGGAAUGUUGGAGGUACAAGAACAUUUGGAAACAUUUUUAGACAGGAAGGAUCAUGCUACGGAAUGUUUGGAGGCAGCUAAAGCAACCGCCAAACUUCAGGCGUUAGGCGGCAGUCACACCACGGAAGCAGGCGUCGAAGAAAUGCUGUUGGACCUAGGCAGAGCGCUCUACAAGUUGCAUUUUCAAUUACUUUUAUUAAUUGAAGCAUCGAACAAAAUGCUAGGGGCGCUAAUGAAUGCCGCUAGAAACGUACAAAUUCCUUUGCAAGAUCUGUCCGUUGAAAUCGCUAAUAUGAAAAUAGCAUUAAGUAGAGCGCUCGAAGAAAGUACUGAGAGUGAACGAGGGACACCUACUCCGACACCCAGUCCUAGUCCUCUGCCUGGCUCUGGAGCUGUGGAAGAAGUCGCUAGAGUUGCCGAACUUCUGAGAAAUGCACGAUGGUGUCCGGCGCUUGAAGCUGUGAGACUGCACAGAGCACAAUGGCCUGGAGAUCCUUUUCAUGAUGACGAUGACGUAACGACUGCCGUUAAUAUGUAUUGCAAAUACAUAGGUCAAGAUAGAUCGGAUAUAUUCGUAGUAACGAGAAAGGACGAUGAGAUGUCAGAAAUAUUUGGCAGACUUAUGGAAAGUUUGUUUGAAGUACUGGCGGCCGUGACAGGAUUAGAAGCGUCUGCGAAGGCCGCGCGUAAUCAGCACGACUCUAAUCACGCGAAAAACGAUUGUUAAUAUAAGCUUUAAACACAUAUAGUAUUACAAACCGUUCUCGUAUAGAUUUAAGUCGACGCAUAUAUAUAUAUAUAUAUAUUUAAUUGUCGUACGUGUGUAGAAAUCUUGUAUACGAUGGUAGGUAAAUGUAUGUAUAUACCUAUAUCACGAAAAGAUUCUUAGACCCGUUAUUUUGUUGUUUUUUUAAUGCAAAGAACGUAAUCGAUUGUAAAUUUGGUGAAAUAAAUUAUCGAAAAUCUCGAAAAUGA